AUGAUCGUUGCCAGCAUCCGAAGAAUCUUUACCUCCUUCAGGACGGAAGAAGAGGAGAGAUCAUAUUCAAGAAUGGCCUUCUUUAACCUAUUGGGAUUCUUAGGCUCGUGUGUUCUUUUCAGUUUUGUUGCUCAGAAGCUUUCAAGACAACCCAGAGAGUUGGCACAUCUAGCUAGGGCCACUGCAUUGGUUAAAGCAAUCCUGGCAUGA